UGUUUUUUUGUUUUUGUUUUUGUUUUUUUUUUUUCAAUCUCAUUUUCACUUCCUGUUAAUGGGAGGAAUUUUUAUUUGUAAUAUAAAUUCACAAGUGAGAACAUUAUGUUGUGAUCCAUCAGCAUUGCUGAAAUGGUUCUGUUUUCAAUAAGAAUGUUGUGUUGCUAUUCUUGCUGUUGGAGAAUGGUUAUGGAUUUGUGCGAUCAGUGCUGAGUUUUAUAGUUCAUCUUUUUAAACUAAAGUGAUCAUUAGUUAGAAAUAGAAGACAAAGUUGUGUUUCCCUUGUUGGAUAAUCAAGUUUAAUUAUACGUUAGCAAAUAGCAAUUAGCAAUGCCUGCCUGAUGGUUGAGGUGUGUGUCUCAUGGCAAGCACAAUUUUUUUUUUCCCCUGUUGGUUUGUUUUUAUGUUUUGUUUCAUUUGCUAAUUGUUGUUGAUGUUAUGCUGAAGGAAAUGUUUUGCUGUUUAUAAUGAUAUAAUGUGCUUCCAUGUUUUCCAAGGAAGUGACCUCGUGUUCUGAUAAAAUUGUAGACUGGAAUUGGAUUGGAUAAGCUUCAGUUAUUGCUCUGAAAUUUUUUGAAGACUCUCUGGUUUGGUUGUUUGAUAAUGGAGAGUUUAGCACAAUUAGAGGCAUUGUGUGAGAGGCUAUACACUUCCCAGGACUCAUCUGAACGAGCGCAUGUUGAGAAUACUCUUAAAUGCUUUUCUGCAAAUAUUGAUUACAUUUCGCAAUGCCAGUUUAUUCUGGAUAAUGCAUUGACUCCUUAUGCACUGAUGCUGGCUAGUUCAAGCCUCUUGAAGCAAGUCUCUGCGCAUAGUCUUUCCUUGCAGCUCCGCCUAGAUCUCUGGAACUAUCUCAUAAACUAUCUGGCAAGCAGAGGUCCUAAAUUGCAGCCUUUUGUGAUUGGAUCUCUUAUUCAACUCUUAUGCCGAAUUACCAAGUUUGGGUGGUUUGAUGAUGAUAGAUUUAGAGAACUGGUUACAGAAUCAAUUAAAUUUAUGACUCAGGCAACAUCUGAUCAUUAUGCCAUUGGUCUAAAGAUCUUGAAUCAGCUGGUUUGUGAGAUGAAUCAGCCAAACCCGGGGUUGCCUUCAACUCAUCAUCGGAAGGUGGCAUUCUCCUUCCGGGAUCAGUCUCUUUUGCAAGUUUUCCGGAUAUCUAUAACUUCCUUGCAUCAGCUAAAAAAUGAUGGUAAUGUGCUGAUAGUUUUUGUCAUUUUGAUUUUUGUUGAUACUCACUAUGUGAUCCACAUAUGGUGGUUGCAUGCCCAAACUGCAGCUAUCAGUCGAUUGCAGGAAUUGGCACUAUCACUUUCCAUGAAGUGUUUGUCUUUUGAUUUUAUUGGAACAUCUAUAGAUGAAAGUUCUGACGAGUUUGGUACUCUUCAGGUUUCAUCUUCUUGGAAGUCGAUCUUAGAGGAACCCAAUACUCUGCAGAUCUUUUUUGAUUACUAUGCUCUUGCGAAGGCCCCUCUUUCCAAGGAGGCGCUGGAGUGUCUGGUACGGCUGGCUUCUAUAAGACGCUCUGUUUUCACAGAUGAUGAUGCACGCUCAAAGUUCUUGGCCCAUCUUAUGACAGGAACCAAAGAUAUUCUACGAUCUGGUAUAGGUCUCAGUGAUCAUGAUAAUUACCAUGAAUUUUGUCGUCUUCUUGGACGAUUCAGAAUAAACUAUCAGUUAUCAGAACUUGUGAAUGUGGAAGGAUAUGGUGAAUGGAUACGGUUGGUGGCAGAAUUCACAUUUAAGUCAUUACAGUCUUGGCAGUGGGCUAGCAGCAGCGUAUAUUACCUAUUGGGACUAUGGUCUAGGUUGGUAAGUUCUGUACCAUACCUGAAGGGUGAUGCGCCAAGCUUGCUUGAUGAAUUUGUUCCAAAAAUCACUGAAGGAUUUAUCACAUCAAGGUUUGAUUCUGUGGAGGCCAGUCUUCCUGAUGACCUAUCAGAGAACUUGUUGGACAACACUGAGCUUCUUCAAGAUCAUCUUGAUUGCUUUCCACAACUUUGUAGGUUUCAGUAUGACAGAUGCAGCCUGUUUAUAAUAAAUAUCAUGGAGCCUAUACUGCAGGCAUACACGGAAAGAGCACAGCUUCAGAAUGGUAGUAGUAACUUUGAGCUGUCUGUUAUUGAAGACAAGCUUGCUUGGGUUGUUCAUAUAAUUUCUGCUGUCUUAAAGAUAAGACAGUGUGUCGGUUUCAGCAGCACAGAUUCCCAAGAAGUGAUUGAUGCAGAACUCUCAGCUCGUGUUAUUCGUUUAGUAAAUGUGACAGAUAGUGGAUUACAUAGUCAGAGAUAUGGUGAAGCAAGCAAGCAGAGGCUUGAUAAGGCAAUUCUUACCUUUUUUCAGCACUUCAGAAAGUCUUAUGUAGGUGAUCAGGCUAUGCAUUCUUCAAAGCAGUUGUAUGUCCGAUUGUCUGAGCUUCUUGGACUUCAUGAUCAUCUUUUGUUAUUGGAUUUCUUUGUCCGGAAAGUUGCAACAAACCUCAGGUGUUAUACAGAGAGUGAAGAACUCAUUGAUCAUACAUUGAAUCUUUUUCUGGAGCUGGCAUCUGGUUACAUGACUCAGAAGCUACUUCUCAAGUUGGAUACUGUUAAGUUUAUAAUUGCGCAUCAUACGAAAGAACACUUCCCAUUUCUAGAAAAGCAUGUAUGCUCUCGAACUAGAACAACCUUUUACUACGCUAUUGGAUGGCUGAUCUUUGUGGAGGAUAGUUCUGCAAAAUUCAAAUUAUCAAUGGAUCCUCUUCGCCAGGUUUUUCUCACUUUGGAAUCAGUACCGGACACAAUGUUUCGAACUGAUACAGUGAAGCAUGCGCUAAUCGGACUCGUGAGGGAUCUUCGUGGGAUUGUGAUGGCUACUCAUAAUCGAAGGACUUUUGGACUACUUUUUGACUGGAUAUAUCCUGCCCACAUGCCAGUACUUUUAAAGGGCAUCUCACACUGGGCUGAUACUCCAGAGGUCACAACGCCAUUGUUGAAAUUUAUGGCAGAGUUUGUGUUAAACAAAGCUCAGCGUUUAACCUUUGAUUCAUCUUCCCCAAAUGGCAUACUUCUUUUUAGGGAAGUUAGUAAAUUGCUUGUUGCCUAUGGAUCAAGAAUCUUGUCAAUUCCAAAUCCUACUGAUAUUUAUGCCUACAAAUACAAGGGAAUAUGGAUUUCUUUAACCAUCCUUUCAAGAGCUCUUGGCGGGAAUUAUGUGAACUUCGGUGUGUUUGAACUCUAUGGAGAUAGAGCACUUGCAGAUGUACUUGACAUCACCCUGAAAAUGACACUGUCAAUUCCUCUGGCUGAUAUUUUUGCUUAUAGGAAGCUGACAAGGGCAUACUUUGCCUUUUUGGAAGUCCUAUUCAACAGCCACAUAGUUUUUGUACUGAACCUUGAUACAAAAACAUUUCUGUUUAUGGUUGGUUCGCUGGAAUCUGGUCUGAAAGCUCUGGAUGCUGGUAUAUCCACUCAGUGUGCAUCUGCAAUUGAUAAUCUCGCUUCAUUCUACUUCAACAACAUCACAAUUGGGGAAUCACCCACUUCACCUGCUGCUGUUCGUCUCGCUGGACAUAUUGCAGAAUCUCAAAAUUUGUUUCCUCAAAUGCUAAAAACAUUAUUUGAGAUUGUUCUUUUUGAGGACAAUGGCAACCAGUGGAACCUCAGCAGACCAAUGCUUGGGUUGAUACUUAUUAGCCAACAGAUAUACAGUGAUUUAAAAGCACAGAUUCUGGCUUCUCAGCCAAUUGGUCAGCACCAGCGCCUCUCCAUGUGUUUUGACAAGUUAAUGACGGAUGUCACCAAUAGCUUGGAUUCAAAAAACCGCGACAAAUUCACCCAGAACCUGACAACAUUCAGGCAGGAAUUUCGGGUAAAAUAGCUUCAUAGCUUUCUCGUGGGGAUACUGUGCACAUUACAUUGCUGGGAGAUUAUUUGAAUCCUUUUUCUAGAGGUCAAAUUUGUGCUGGUAGAACUGUACAGCUAUUGUUGUGUUCUUAAAAGAUGAAAAUGUGAUAUUUGAAUUGUAGAUUAAUAGCACAACUCAAAUAGCUUUAUUCUGGCUGGCUUGUAAUGCCAAAUGUAAAUACUAUUAUUAAUUUAUUUGAUGGUAUACCGCAAAAUAGAAAUUUUAAUUAGAUUUA